AUGGCGUCAGUGGAUGUUGGGCGGAGCAGGAUGGAGGCCGAGAGAGAGGAGAUUUGUUCAGCAAAAGCAACGAAGCAAGGGGAAGGGCUGAGACAGUAUUAUAUGCAGCAUAUCCACGAUCUCCAGCUUCAGGUCCGACACAAGACUCACAAUCUCAAUCGACUUGAGGCCCAACGAAAUGAGCUCAAUUCCAAAGUGAGAAUGCUUAAGGAAGAAUUACAGUUGCUUCAGGAGCCUGGAUCAUAUGUUGGUGAAGUUGUUAAAGUGAUGGGGAAGUCAAAAGUUUUAGUCAAAGUUCAUCCUGAAGGAAAAUAUGUUGUUGACAUUGAUAAGACUAUUGACAUUACAAAGAUUACUCCAUCUACCAGAGUAGCCCUCCGCAAUGACAGCUAUGUUCUCCAUCUAAUUUUGCCCAGCAAAGUGGAUCCGUUAGUCAACCUAAUGAAAGUUGAGAAAGUGCCUGAUUCCACUUAUGACAUGAUUGGUGGCCUUGACCAACAAAUUAAAGAAAUUAAAGAGGUUAUUGAGCUUCCAAUUAAACAUCCUGAGCUGUUCGAGUCUCUUGGAAUAGCUCAGCCUAAGGGAGUGUUGCUUUACGGGCCUCCAGGAACAGGAAAGACAUUGUUGGCGAGGGCAGUUGCACAUCAUACUGAUUGUACCUUCAUUCGAGUCUCUGGUUCCGAACUGGUGCAGAAAUAUAUAGGAGAAGGUUCUCGUAUGGUGAGAGAACUCUUUGUCAUGGCCAGGGAACAUGCUCCUUCUAUCAUUUUUAUGGAUGAAAUAGACAGUAUUGGAUCUGCUAGAAUGGAAUCAGGAAGUGGCAAUGGUGAUAGUGAAGUGCAGAGAACAAUGUUGGAGCUUCUAAAUCAACUUGAUGGAUUUGAGGCAUCUAACAAAAUUAAGGUUUUGAUGGCUACAAACCGCAUUGAUAUUCUGGAUCAAGCACUCCUGAGACCUGGAAGAAUUGAUAGGAAGAUUGAAUUUCCAAAUCCCAAUGAAGAGUCCCGCUUCGACAUUUUGAAGAUCCAUUCUAGGAAGAUGAACUUGAUGCGAGGGAUUGACUUGAAGAAAAUUGCUGAGAAGAUGAAUGGUGCUUCAGGGGCAGAACUUAAGGCUGUCUGUACAGAAGCAGGGAUGUUUGCUCUAAGGGAGAGGAGGGUACACGUUACACAAGAAGAUUUUGAGAUGGCAGUUGCCAAGGUAAUGAAGAAAGAGACGGAAAAGAAUAUGUCUUUGCGAAAGCUGUGGAAGUAA